AUGCCCGACGGUGUUAUUUCAACAUCAACACCGAGCCAGCUUGUGGGAGGUAGCAGCAGGCGCGUUCACUCCCCUCUUGGUUUGCCUUUUUGCCUGUGCGCCCGCAGAGAUAAAGACGGUUUAUUCAAUUGGUCAAGCGCUUGGCCGGCGGCAAGUUGCAGCCCGUCCUUUGCAGAACAGGUGCGAUCAAGCCGAGCUCGCUCCGACACCUCUUUCGUCUUCAGUGUCAGGGCACCCGUUCCCACGUAUGAGCUCGGCUACUUCCACCCCUUGAGCGCGGUCCUGCAUACGACCAAGUCCACCAUGGGAGACACGGGCGUUUCAGCCGCUUCAGGCAAACCGUCAGCGACCAUGAGUCAGAGGUCCCUCAUCAUCUUGCUCUGGGCCUCGCAAAUGUUCUCCAUGAUGGCGGACGACAUUCAAAAGUUUGCCCUCAAAAUUCACAGUCACGACGAGAGCAUGCUCAACAUGACGGGCUUCAUAAUUGCCGUGGAGGUACCGGCCCUCCUCAUUUCCCCACUGGCUGGAGCCUUUGUUGAUCGCAGCAAUAAGUACCAGGCCAUCUUCGUGGCCGAUAUCAUUGCCGUGCUGUCUACCGCCAUCUUGGCCGCGACCGUACUCCACGACGAUGCCGAUACCACCAGUUGGCCCAUCAUCUUCUGUGCCUCGGCGCUCUCUUCCAUAGCCAACGUGAUGCAAUUUCCCGCCUUUCAGGCCCUCAUGCGGACCCACGUCUCUCCAGACGACAUGGCCAUGUUCACCCAGUCUGCCCCUGCGCUCUCCAUGCUCAUUGCCCCGCUCUUGGGCGCGCAGCUUCUCGAACACUUUGGGCUCAAGUUUGUCUUCUCUCUUGGGGGCAUCUCCUGGGCCUUGGCCACUGGCGUCCUUCUUUUCUGCAAGCAGCGCGAAGGCAUCACUGCGCCAUCUGCCAUGCCACCCAUUCAAAAAGAGGCGCAAGCGUCAGUAGCAGACACGCCAGCCGCCACAGAUGGCGUGGUUGCUACCUUUUGGAGCCUCGUGGCCGAUGCCCGGGAGGCCGUGCAGCUGGUGGCUAACCACCGAAUCCUCCAAGCGGCUGGUGCGCUGAUGCUGGCAGGCUUUUUGGCCGUUGGUGUCACCCAAACCAUGAUGAUGCCUCUUGUUCUGGCUCUGGCCGACCGCGCCACCCUGGGCUACGUCAUGACCUUCUCCGGCGCGGGGGCCAUCCUUGGCCUUGGCUUUCCCAAAUUGCUCAAGGUGGGCCAGUGGCCGGGCCGCCUCUACGUUUGGCUCAGCUUGGGCCAGGCUGGACUGCUUGCUGCCUGCGCCAUCGUGCCCUCCGCCUGGCUCCUGUUGGCCAUUGCCGCCGUCUACAUGAUGCUGAUUCCCACCACCCGCUCGUGCCGCUUGGCCCUCAUCCAUGGCCACGUGCCUGCCCGCAUGACUGGUCGCAUUCUCUCCAUGCAAAAAGGUAUCAUGCAAGCCUGCGUGCCCCUUGCCGCGGCGGUGGGUGGGCCCAUUUAUGUGCUCCUGGCCCCCCUCCUUGAGGAUUAUCGCCACCUCCACCCCGAGCCUGCAGCAGCCACCCAGUUUCUUUGGGCAGCCGGCCUACUCUUUGCCACUGCUAUUGUCAUGCGCCCGGAUCUCACAGCAGCUGACCCUCCGCGAAAAAAACAAGAUUGA